AUGGCAGACUUGUUUUGUAGUCUCUGGAAAGCACUUAAGUUUUAUAAGGAGUUCCCGUCAAUUUAUGCAGACAUGAACUUUGAUACCAUUCCCUGUGCAUUCAAGAAGCGAAUAGAGCUAAAUGCAAGUGAAGAGCUACGGGUACUUAGUGAGCAGUGCGCGUGUAAAGAUUCUGGUAGAAAAAACGAGGGGAGCUUUACAGAGAAACCCAAUGUAGUUUUACAAGAGAGCAAUGAAGACUUGGGAAGUCUCAUGCACAGAAUGCUUGUUACUGAAAAGGAAAACAUUCACAGUGUGGCUUUUAAGACACCGCUAUCAGCAUGGCAAAUAAGUCAUUUCGCAAAGCAACAUAAAGGCGGCUAUCAAAUUGAGCCGGAGGUUGCAACGAAAAGGAUCUCUACUUGCGGUAAAAACGAGCAUGUUUUCACUCUACCACGCUGUCAUCGUAAUUUAAGCAUCACAAAGGAAAACAUGGAUGAAAAAAGUCAUAUUGAGAGAGACAUGGUGAAAGAUGCGAGAGCUAAAAGUGUGUCAUAUAUCGAUGAUCAGGCAAAUCGCAACGCGCGAGAUGGCGGAAAGAUUUAUAACCUGGCUAGAACUCGGUCUGCUUCACUGUCACCUCAGCCGGGAUACACGUUUAACCACUCAAAAUCUACUACACACUAUAUCAAGAGCUAUCGGGAACAAAUUACUAACGAUUUCAUCAGAAAACACAUUCAGUGGCGGUUAAAGGAAAAUUGCCGCAGCAAUGUUAAGAAAUCACCCAAGAGAACCAAUGAAACGAAACGUAAAGCCCUGCUUCCAGCUCCUUCGUUCACGUUUUACAGAUUUCGUAUGUCUAAAACGAAAAACCCUUGUGAUUCUGGGUAUUUGAAAGUCGGGCCUUGCCCAAGAAUGUCAGAACAAAAAGAGCAUAAAAGGAUGGGCGUGAAGAGCUAUAACACUGCGACUUCAAGUGAGCAACGAAAAACGCACGCAAAAUCGGUAUCAACAACCGCAGUGCAAAAGGCCGAUCGAAAGGAAACCAAUUCAGUGACAACACUUCUUAAGUUUCAAAAUACUGCACCGACAACUCAACCAGAUGACAUCGUUCGUAGCGUGAAUAGUGAAGCUAAUACCAAGGACGCCAAUAAAACUGAAAGUAGGGAAAGCGACUUGAAAAAAGUUGAACUGAGAGUGAACAGCAGGAUCAAAGAUUUACCAAGAAUUGUGCCCAAAACUGUCGGGCGAGCCAAUAAAACCAAGGUAAAUUUAAACAGACGGGAUUUCUCUGCUUAAAUAAAAUAUUUCAUUAACCGUGGACUUUUUAAAAUGCCUUUCUAGGGAAGAGUUCUGGGAGCCUUUCCGAAGCCCACAUUGAAGUAUUGCAAAAGCAGUUCUGAGAUUUCUGUAAGUAUAUUAAAGCAAGUGCUCAAUCGCGCCAGUCAUUAUUUUAUUUUUAUACAGUUUUCUCAAACUUCAAUUCUUAAAUCACUGUGGAAAAAACAAUUAAAUGCCAUAUGCUGGGCUUCUUUUGACCAAAAUGAAACGUGAAUCUUUGAAUACGUUUCACAUAUCGAGUUGAUUUAAGCUCAAGUUAGCUUACACGAUAAGUCGAAGGUGGUCUUUUCACUUUCAUUGAAAAGCGGGGACGGAUAGAGGCUUUCAUAUCAAUUGAAAGACAAGACACAUUUACAUUCAUGUAAGCUUUAACAAGCGAAUAUUUGAUACCAUUGUUUCUUUUGUACACUUGAACCAGAGAUUGACAAGAAAGCCAACCUUCGGCGAAAAGGAAUUUCUACGAAUUACAACUCCUAAACCACUCAUUCGCUACCAGAGCCAGACACCAAGUGACUUUGGUGAGUUGCUAGGUUUUUCUCCAAACAAGAGUUCUGAGAUAAGCCCUUCACUAAGUCCUGUACCAAGUUUGUCUGGCACAGGUCUUCGCAGCCAAGUUAUUGCUGAGAUUUUGAUGAAGAGAGAGCCUCAGGUGGUUUUUCCAAAAAACAGCAAAUUUCAAGCAUGUAUUACUCCAUCGAACUACUCUACAAGCAGUGUAGAGACACAUUUAAGAAACAGAAAGGACAUCUCACCGAUUGACAGUUGUCAGAAUGGAGCAGAGGACAAAAGCGAGAGUGAACUGAGCCAACUGCGGAGAAUGCCCUCCAAACCUUCUAUUCCCAGGAUUGGCCCCUUCAUUUCCGGUUAA